AUGGAUUUCCAAAACCGAGUGGGCAGUAAAAGCAGAAGUGGUGGUGUAGCGAGUUGGUCAGAGUCGAAUGUCGACAGAAGAGAACGUCUGCGCAAACUUGCGCUGGAGACAAUCGACAUCUCCAAGGAUCCCUACUUUAUGAAAAACCAUCUAGGCUCAUAUGAGUGCAAGCUCUGUCUGACCCUACACACUAGCGAAGGAUCCUAUCUCGCACACACACAGGGAAAGAAGCAUCAGACUAAUCUUGCCAGACGUGCAUCAAAAGAAGCUCGUGAUUCUGCAAUUGCACAGCCUGCAAUUGGACCAGCCAAGCCCUUGGUUGUCCCAAAUCGCAACAUCAUCAAGAUUGGACGACCUGGUUAUCGCGUAACCAAGGUGCGUGAUCCAGUAACGCGUCAGCUAGGCUUGCUUUUCCAAGUUCAAUAUCCCCAGAUUGCUACUGGAGUUAUUCCUCGUCACAGAUUCAUGGCAGCAUACGAACAGAAAGUCGAGGCACCCAACAAAGCCUAUCAGUAUCUGUUGAUCGCCGCAGAACCAUACGAGACUAUUGCUUUCAAGGUUCAAAGUAAAGAGAUUGAUCGUGCGCCAGGAAAGUUUUGGACACAUUGGGAUCAUGAUGCAAAGCAGUUUUCUCUGCAAUGCUUCUAUAAGAGUGAAAAGGCGCCUGUGUUGUUCGAAGGCAUGGCUGCACCCGGGACGGCACCUCCUUAAUCUCAAAUCCAAAGCACCGCUUUUUCCAAAAGAAAACGAAGCAGUAAAGCAAAAAGAAAGAGAGAACAAAAAGAAAAGCAAACUCAUCCAAAUACACACACGACACAGACAGACACAUCCUUUCUCUUCUACUUCCACUUAUUCUUUUAAUUUUUCUUUUAUUUUUA